CAGUUUGUUUACACAUGUGCCGCCGAAGCGAAGCAUCGGCCUGCGCGGUUGGCGACACGUCGGUGCGGCGCGGCCGGGUCGUGACGUGGUCCGCGGAGAGGCGUCCGGGUCGUCCCCUCGGCCGGCGGCGUCGCCGUUACACGAAGCCGAAGCCACCGGCAUCCACGAUCUCCGGUUCUCCAUCCUCGGACCGGUGAUGGUGGGUGGUUACUCACACUGUCUCUUUUUUUUUGUAAGAACUCACACUGUCAGUUUCAGAAACUACCGAGCACUGACUACUCCCAAGUCUCGGGCGGACUGCGUCGCUAGAACUAGAAGGUCGGUGGCUACGUAACCAGACGUGUGAAAGCUUCGUUCCCAUCGAGCUGGAGCUGGCAUCCAUUUCCACCCGAUCUCUUCUUCUUCGGAUUUUCACCGGCACCGCCAGGCUGCCACCGCGGCUUACCUUACCUGCAACGCGGUUGGUGGGGACGCGUCGCGUUACAGCAAUCGGUACCGCACGAAGCGGCGCGGCGGUAAUCGGCCGCCCACCAGCCGCCAUUUACGGCUGCCCGACCCGGGUAGAGCAGGAGGCCGCUGCCAUAACUCGGAAGCCAACCGGCCCUGACUGUUGCUUCGCGGCGCGGCCCCCAUCCUCGCAUCCACCACCGCUCGGCGCGCGUCCAGAAGCAUCCCUCCCCGUCCCGGCAUCCCACACCGACCGGCCGAUCCGACCCGAUUCCCGCACCACCACCACCACCCGGCCUCAUCACCUUCCUUCUCCACCGUCACCUUCCCACAUUCUUCGCAGCCUCCCAUACUUUCUCGCCUUUUAUCACCGUCGAUCCGGGCGCCGGUCCCCAAGAAAGAUUGGGCGACUGAGGAGUGAGGAGCAGGGGAGGAAAGAGAGGGUGCGGCACCGAGGGGAGCUCCGGCGUGCCUGGCAGCGCAUCCCGCCGGCGCAUUCGUGUCACGAGAGGAGAGGAGCGGCAGCCGAGAGAGGAAGGCCGAGGUUAACCAUGAAGUACAACGCGAGGAAAGACGCGGGCGGCGGCGGCGGCGGCGGCGGCGGCGCGCCGUUCGCCAUCCCGUGCGUCGACGUCAAGUCGUUCGUGGCCUCGCUCGCCUUCCUCACGCUGUUCGUCGCGUUCUGGCAGCUCCAGCCCUACGGCUCAUUGCUCACCGCGGCUCGCACCUCCGCCUCGCCGCCCUGCGCCCUCCUCGCCACAACCGCCGCUGCUGCCACCGACCUCACCUCUCCUAGCGCCACGGCCGCCGCAGCCGCUGACAUGAAACAGCCGGCAGCGGAUUCAGGUACCACCACAGCCGCCGCCGCUACUAAUGCCGCCCCCGUGCGUCUGGCGAGGCCGGCGCGGCCGGAGGACCCGAACAAGCGGGUGCUCCGGCCGUACGGCAGCGCGGCGGCGCUGUUCGUGCAGAUGGGCGCGUACCGGGGCGGGCCGCGGACGUUCGCCGUCGUGGGGCUGGCGUCCAAGCCCACCCACGUGUUCGGCACCCCCUACUUCAAGUGCGAGUGGCUGCCCAACCCCACCGCCGGCGACCCCUCGCCGCGCCCCGUCCGAACCAAGGCGUACAAGAUGCUCCCGGACUGGGGCUACGGCCGCGUCUACACCGUCGUCGUCGUCAACUGCACGUUCCCAUCCAACCCCAACGCCGGGAACGCCGGCGGCAAGCUGCUCGUCCACGCCUACUACUCCACCGCCUCCCGCCGGUACGAGCGCUUCGUCGCGCUCGAGGAGGCGCCGGGCUCCUACGACGAGUCCCUCUUCAGCCCGCCGUUCCAGUACGACUACCUCUACUGCGGCUCGUCGCUGUACGGCAACCUCAGCGCCAGCCGGAUGCGCGAGUGGGUGGCAUACCACGCUCACUUCUUCGGGCCCAGGUCGCACUUCGUGCUCCACGACGCCGGCGGCGUCAGCGCGGAGGUGAAGGCGGUGCUAGAUCCAUGGGUCAGGGCCGGCCGGGUCACCGUGCAGGACAUCCGUGCGCAGGCCGAGUACGACGGAUACUACUACAACCAGUUCCUGGUGGUGAACGAUUGCCUGCACCGGUACCGGCACGCCGCCAAUUGGACCUUCUUCUUCGACGUCGAUGAGUACCUUUACCUGCCCAAUGGGCAGAAGCUCGACGAGGUGCUCGGCAAGCUCUCGGGGUACUCUCAGUUCACCAUCGAGCAGAAUCCAAUGUCCAGCAAGCUCUGCGUGGAGGAUCCAAGCAGAGAUUACUCAAGAGAAUGGGGAUUUGAGAAGCUCGUCUUCCGCAACUCCAUCACCAAAGUUCGUCGGGAUCGCAAGUACGCCAUCCAAGCUCGAAACGCGUACUCAGCCGGGGUGCACAUGUCGCAGAACGUCCGCGGGAGGACAACCCACAAGACGGAGAGCCUGAUCAGAUACUACCACUACCACAACUCCAUCAACGUCAUGGGAGAGCCCUGCCGCGAGUUCGUCCCGAUGCCGGUGAAUGGCAGCACGAUCAUGUUCGAGAAGAUCCCCUUCGUGUACGACGAUAGGAUGAAGCGAGUGGCGGGCGAGAUCAAGCGGUUCGAGAAGGAGACCAUCGGAUCGGUUCAGACAUAGUAGGGGAUCGGCAACCGAAGGCUGGCGGUACAUAUACAUUUGACAUUCUUUGGAUGCUUCUUGGUUCAAGUGGAGGCUCGCUCUGCUGCUGCUAUUGUGCGGCGUCUUCACUGCAUCCGGCUGGUGAUGGGCCUGCUAGGGGUGGUCCAAAUGGUGUAAAGUUUUGGUCUUUAUCGGCGUGACCUCUCUACUACAAAGUCACUGCUGUUGCUGCAAUUUCUUCUCUGUAUCUUGCUCUCCUGUAAUCCCCCAGCAUCUGUUUAUAGUUCCCUGUAGACUGAUGAAGCUGGCUUCUAGCCUUUUACUAGAUC